CAAUUAGUUCGUUUGUUCUCUUCGAGCAAGCCGGUGUGUGAUACAGACAGCACAAUCUUACUUCUCUUGAACUUGUACGACGAAAAUAAUAAUUUAAAUAAAAACGUAGAGAAACAAAUCGAAUAUUAUCAGAUUGCUUCAAGAGUUGGUGCUACAAAAUAAGUCGCUUGCAUUAAUUUUUUUUUAUUAAAAAAUAUAUUAUUUUAUAAAAAAAAACAUUAUGUUGACCAUCGUUGAAGAUAGUUUUGGAACAUCUGAAGAUCCAUUGACAAAGCAGAUGGUACCAGUUCGGCGUUUUACAUUUUCAAAUAGUCAAAUGGUUGUUCAGGUCAUCACGUUGGGCGCCACUAUAACCAGCAUAAAAGUACCCAACGCAAAAGGUGUCAUCGAUGAUGUUGUUCUUGGUUUCGAUGAUGUUGCAGGAUAUCUUAAUCCCAAAAUGAACCCUUAUUUCGGUGCGACUGUGGGACGAGUUGCCAACCGCAUUGGACAUGGAACCUUUAUGCUAAAUGGAAAGCGGAUAACUGUUAGCAAGAAUCACAAUGGCAAACACACCCUGCAUGGUGGAUUCAUUGGUUUUAACAACGUCCAUUGGACCGUCAGCGAUCUGGUUCCAGAAAACUGUUCUUUGAAGUUGCAGCAUGUGUCGGCGGAUGGACACGAGGGCUUUCCGGGUGAGGUUACGGCCACUGUGCUGUUUCAGCUGACAGCGGAUAACUGUUUUCAUGUGCGUUUCGAUGCAACUACAACGAAACCCACUCCCGUCAACUUGACUAACCAUUCGUAUUUCAACUUAGCUGGCCACGGAGCUGGUAAAGGUGCUAUACAAGAGCAUAGAAUUCAAAUCAAAGCAGAUAAGAUAACCGCUACCGAUGACGAUUCUAUUCCUAACGGUGUGCUGCAGGACGUUACGGCAACUGCUUUUGAUUUCAGAGAGUUGUCGGAGCUUGGACCACGUAUUGCUGAACAAUCAGGACAGGGAUUCGAUGACAACUUUUGUGUCAACUUGGAUAACAACGGGAUUACUGUGAUUGCAAAGGCAAUUCAUCCUAAAUCGGGUCGUUGGAUGGAAGUGGCAUCCGAUCAGCCAGGUGUACAAUUUUAUACGGGAAAUUUUUUGCCAAACACAAUGAAAAUGGCACGGGCCAUUGAUGGAAAAGAAGAAAAAACUUAUGCUAGACAAGGUGCAUUUUGUUUUGAAACUCAAGGAUAUCCAGAUGCAGUUAAUCAUGAAAACUUUCCUUCUACUAUUUUAAAUCCUGGUGAGAAGUACAUCCACAAUUGUAUUUACAAAUUUGGGGUUAAUGCUUAAUGAGAUGUCACAAGAAAUAAAGGAAAAAAUUGCUUAUGAUUUUAAAUAGCUGUUUUAUUAUAAUUUUAGUAAACUAUCAAUAAUGUUCUCUUGAUAUAUCACUUUUUUAAUAAAUAUUAAUAAACCUUGAUCUUGAAA